AUGGGCACCGGAGAAGUGGGAACCGGAGAAGCGGGAACCGGGAAUCGGCACGGGAGAGCUGGGAACCGGCACCGGGCACCGGGAACGGGCACCGGAGAGCACCGGGAAUCGGCACCGGGAACGGGCACCGGGAACGGGCACCGGAGAGCUGGGAACCGGCACCGGGAAUCGGCACCGGGAAUCAGGAACCGGCACCGGGAAAGGGCACUGGGAAUUGAGCACCGGAGAGCUGGGAACCGGUACCGGGAACCGGGAAUCGGUACCGGGAACCGGCACCGGCACCGGAGAGCUGGGAACCGGCACCGGAGAGCACCGGGAAUCGGCACCGGGAACGGGCACCGGGAAGCAGCCCCGGCACCGGAGCUCUCCAGUUCCCCUCGGAGUCCCCAGUCCCUCCCAGUGCUCCCAGUCCCUCCCAACGCCGCCCUGUACCUGGUGCCUCCCA